AGGAAAGCUUUGCUCUGUUGUUGGUACCAAACUAUCGUUGUCGGUUGUCGAAAGCGAACCGGGCUCAGCACGGCGAGCAAUUUCCGAGCAGUGCGGGCACCGUCCGUCAGUCAUGGUUCGGAAGGUGAGUGUGCACCGAUGCAGUCAGUGCAUGAGGCGAGGAAUGCAUGGCAUUGCACAUACUGACGAACGGGAAGGCAGAAAGGAACGCACAACCAUGCAUGCAGUCCUCAGGGCGUUUUAUUCCUCGACAGUGCAAUGUUGCGUCGACUCCUGGGGGAUUCACACUCUAUGGAUUCUGUUUGGUUUGUGUGGCCAUUGUUGCAUCAGGGAGGCGAGAAGGGCUAUGACGCGCCGGUCCGCACCAAGAAGACCACCACCAAAACAAAUGGGCCGGCCAGAAGGUGCGCACGCCGCUUCAGGUUCCUCAUGUCUGCAGAUGCAUUCAGAUGCAUGCAUGGUGCAAUUGCUGGCUGGUGUACAUGUAUGUAAUCAAUGCAGGUGGUCAAGAGCAGCUCUGCCGCCGCCAGACGCAGGACCACAGCAGGGCCCAGCGUGGGGGGCAGUGCGGGGCAGAGCAAGGCAGCGGGCAAGUCUGUCCGUCCACAGCUCACGGAGGAGGACCUCAAAAACCCAAAGAUACAGCAAAUGCUCUGCAACGCCCAAAACGAGGUCAGCUAGCGGGGAGCCGGAGAAAUAGAAGGGCAGAGAGACGAGAAUGCAUUGAACUGGUGUUCGUCGGUUGUCUGGUGUGCCCUUGUUUGUGUGGCAAUCAAUCUCUGUAUACAAUACAUGCAGGAGUUGUUUCGCAUCCCCGCAGACUGGACCCGCUACGAGCCGGACGAUCCGACGUGGGACGAGAUCCGUGUCAAGAUCGCUAAGCGUCUGCUGGGGUGUGUGACGGGCCUCAACAUGCGCCCUAGCACCGUCUUCUUCGCCAUGCGUCUCUUCGACAGGUUCUGGUACAAAGGUACGGAGGGAGGGACCGAAGGGACGCAGUCAAACCACUCAUAGAUACACGUGUUUGUGUGCGUGUACAUGGUGUGCUGUCCGCUGUGUCUUGCUUGGUCUGCUCUGUUGUUCUGUGUACAGUGAGCAUGUUGCGCUGGGAGGAUCUCAACUUCGGCAUCAAACUGGCGAACACCAACUACAGCGUCAAACUCAUCAGCAACACAUACCUGGUAGGUCGGUAGCUUGAGGAAAGAAAGGCCAUUGUCUCGGUUGGCUGACACGCACUCAUUCAUCGUGUGUGCAUGACAUUCGCCGCACCCACCCACCCACCCACCCAAUGGUUGUGUUGUGUUGAUUGGUCUGGCUGGCUGGCUGCACCGGAUGGAUGGAGUGCAGGUGGCCCACGGAUGUCUGUGGCUGGGGGCCAAGUUGAUGGAGGCCGAGGUGCAGGUGGCUGCCAAGCACAUCAAGGUCCUCAACAAGGCUAGCCCCAAGAAAUACACGGAGCAGUGUUUGGAGAAUAUGGAGUGGUGCAUCUUCGAGUGAGCGGAGGGAGCCACCACUGGAGACACGGACGGAGGGAGGGAGGGAGGGAGGGAGGGAGGGAGGGAGAGGGGAAUGAGACAGACAGACAGAUAGACAGACAGAAAGUCGACUGAUGUAUGUACACUGUCCACGGCCACCACCCCAUUCCAUUUUGUCUGUGUCUGUCUCGGCAGGGCCUUGGACUUCAACUUGGCGAGCGGCAAUGAGUACACGUACGUUGAGGUCAUGAGUAAGACGGCGGGGCUCGCUACCGGCUCCAAGGCCCUCGAGUUGGCCCACCGCAUCACGGUAGCAAGAUAGGAAGAAUGAAUGCGCAACAAGGAAAAAUCGUGUGUCUCUUUGUUUUAAGGAACUGGCCCUGUUGUCCUUCAACUUCGUCAAGUACACGCCCCGCAUCAUCGCAGUACGUCGGCCCGCAGUCACACACACACACACACACACACAGAGAGAGAGACAGAGAGAGACAACUCACACACAUGUCUGUGUUGCUCAAAUGCCCCCAGGCGGCGGCCGUGUGUGUGGCCCGUCAUCUCGAGUUACACGCCAAGGGCGCUGAAUGGGUGGGUGGGAGGGGCCAAAUAGGCAGGCAGACAGACAAGACACUCCGAUGCAACGACUAGACGACACAGUCUGGUUGUGGAGGCCUCUGUGUGGGUGUAUGCAUUUGUGGCCUUCAGACGGACGAGUUGGUGCAUCUGACCCGCCUCACUGCGUCUGACAUAUCCGGCUGCGUGCAGGAGAUGGCAUCCUACCUCCCGGCGCACCUCGAAACACCAGACAACACGAUAAAGAUCGACAUAUGACGGUGUGGAAGCAACCAUACUCGUUGGCCUCCUCAACCAUGUGUGAUUUCUUGAUGUGUGCUUUCCUUCCUGUACAGGCAUUCAAGAUCGCUGACAGGGAGGGCUUGGCUCCAUACAUGGAUGAGGGGUGGAUGGAUGUGACGGAUAGAUAGACAGACGCCCAUAAUGGUCGCGUGUUCAUGUGUGGUUCAAUGACAGUGACAAUGCCAAGUGCGAUGUGCAUGAAUGCGAGUGCUAAUUAAUUACCC